AUCCCUUUCUUUACCGUUCACCAGGCCAUAUUUAUUGGUGCCUGCGCGAGUUCCCUUCGUCAGAUCCAUUACGAAGCAUCCGAGUUUUACCCCUCCAACUAAUUCCAGCACAAACUUCUCGCGUGUCCAGAUUCCUCACAGUGUACGCUCUCUUGCCACAGUCAAGGGCGCUCCAACCGACUCUCGAAAUCCGAACGACACGAGUAUCCUCCACUUUGCACAAGCUGGAACCCCACGGUGCCAUCUCAGACGGUGCCGGAACCAAUAUUCAUCAGAGCAUGUCCGCUACUCCAGCGACAGCAGCUCCUCCAGGACAGCUACCUACCGGACCUGCAGACCAGCCAAACACGAGACGACGACGACCGAAGAAUCGAAAACCACCGCCACAACCUGCCGAUCAGCCUGAAAAUGCACAACCACAGCGGGGAGGUAGGAGGGGUCGAGGCGGACCCCAGCGAGGCCGCGGUGGCAUAGCGUUGACGCCAGCGACUGUAGCUCCUCCAUCACAACCCGCGUCCAGCGAGCCUUCGAGCGCCGACGCUUCUGCCAGCGAGAAUCAUGGUCCAUCGCGGAGAGGAAGAGGAGGUCGCGGGGCCUCCCAAGGUCGGGACAGAGGUGGCAAUCAUAAUGCGGGAAGAGGGCGAUUUGGAGACCAGUCCCGUAUGGCAGCUGGUGGACGACGUCAAUUUGGUGGCGAUCUGACGCAGGAACCGGAGGGCCAGGGGACCGCCAAUGGUCUAUCAAGGCCCACGGGAUUGCAAGCCGAUGCGCCUGAAUUCCGACCUGGCCAAGCCCACUCAGGUCGAGCGAAGAACUUGCCCCGAAAGCGUCGCAUGUCCAAGUCACAAGCGCCAGAUAUCUCAACGAGAAUACACGAGGAUAUUGACAACGGUCACUAUGAGUGCGCUAUUUGUACCGAAGAUGUGCGGAGAAAUUCCCGCGUGUGGUCGUGUCGAACUUGCUGGACGGUUUUCCAUCUGAGUUGUAUCAAGAAGUGGUCUACCAACGAAGGCUCUGCUGCUGCGCGCCGCGAAGCCCAGGACGGUGAAAUGCCUCCACCGCGGCAAUGGAGAUGCCCUGGCUGCAAUCUUCCAAAGGAUGACCUGCCAAAGAUGUUCACGUGCUGGUGCGAGAAAGAAGUCGAUCCGAGACCUCUUCCGGGAACGCCACCCUUCUCCUGCGGUCAAACUUGUGCCAGACAGCGGUUGCUCAAGAAAUGUCCACAUCCUUGCCCGAAUAUCUGUCAUAGUGGGCCUUGUCCUCCGUGCGCUCAUAUGGGACCCACUCAAGCCUGCUUUUGCGGAAAGAAAACUUCUACAAAGCGAUGCGUGGAUACGAAUUACGAAUCGGGCUGGAGCUGUGGCGAGCCUUGCGGUGAGCUUAUGCCCUGUGGCGAGCAUGUUUGCGACAGACCAUGUCACGAAGGGCCUUGUGGAGCCUGUGAAGUCCGCAUUCCCGCUCGCUGUUACUGCGGACAGGUUGAAAAAGACAUACUGUGCUGUGAACAGGGGUGGAAGGAAAAGAGCGUUCGGUCGCAUGUUGCUGAAGAUGGAUCAAAAGUGUUGGAGGAGUGGAUUGGAUUGUUCGAAUGUCCGAAUACUUGCGACCGAGAGUUCGAUUGCGGGAAGCACACGUGCUCGAAGUCAUGCCAUAAACAGGACGCCGAGCCGACACAUUGCCCUCGAUCACCGGAUGUUGUCUCAUUCUGCCCUUGCGGAAAGACACCACUCGGGGAAAUCUCAGACAAGAUCCGACAGAAGUGCGAGGAUCCUAUACCCAAUUGCGCGGAACCUUGCGGUAAAAUACUACCCUGUGGCCACAAUUGCGUCCAGCUCUGCCACCAAGACGAGUGCAAGCCUUGCCUUCAAAAGGUCACCAUCAUUUGCCGCUGCGGCCGCACCACUUCGUCUACCAUCUGCCAUCAAGGCACCGAAGAAGCUCCCCAAUGCACCCGCGUCUGCCGCGUCACCUUGAAUUGCGGUCGCCAUGAGUGCGGAGAACGUUGCUGCCCAGGCGAACGCAAAGCAGCCGACCGCCAGGCCAGCAAGCGGAAGCUUCGUGCGCUUCAUGCAGCUGGUAGGCCCGAUGAUGGCUUUGAAGCCGAACAUAUCUGCACCCGGACGUGCGACCGAGCAUUGAAGUGCGGAAACCCGCUGCACCGCUGCCAGCAGCUCUGCCACAAAGGCCCCUGCGAAACCUGUCGCGAAGCUAUUUUUGACGAAGUUUCUUGUAAUUGUGGCAGAACUACUCUACACCCACCGUUGCCUUGCGGUACGAAGCCGCCCCCGUGUCGGUGGCAGUGCGAGCGGCCGAAAGCGUGUGGGCAUCAACAGGUUGCGCAUACUUGUCAUCAAGAUGAGGAGGAGUGCCCGAAGUGUCCGUUUCUGACCACGAAGACGUGUCUUUGUGGGAAAAAUACUAUGAGGAACCAACCGUGCUGGCGGACAGAGGCACGUUGUGGGGAGGUUUGUGGGAGAAAGUUGAGGUGUGGUGCGCAUAAAUGCCAAAAGCAAUGUCACACCCCAGGCCAAUGCGAAGAGCCUUGCCAGCAAUCCUGCGGCAAAGAACUUCCUACCUGCGGUCACGCCUGCCUCGCACCCUGCCAUUCCCCAUAUCCGUGCAAGGAAGACAAACCUUGCCAGCACAAAAUCUUCGUCACCUGCGACUGCCAGCGUAUCAAGCAAGAGACAAAAUGCGGUGCCUCGAAGGCUUCCGGAGGCAAUAUCACCAAAUCUCUCAAAUGUGACGACGAAUGCGCUCGCCUCGAGCGUAAUCGAAAGCUCGCAAUCGCGUUGAAUAUCGACCAGGCUGCGCAUGCAGACGACCAUGUGCCCUACUCCACAGAAACGCUCAAACUCUACCAAGACAACGUGCAAUGGGCCUCUGCGCAAGAGAAGGACCUCCGCAUCUUCGCCGCCGAUCCUGCAGAGCGCCGGCUGAGGUUCAAACCCAUGCCCUCCUCCUACCGCGCUUUCCUGCACGCUUUAGCCGAAGACUUCGGCUUCGACAGCGAGAGCAUGGACCCGGAGCCGCACCGCCACGUCGCCAUCUUCAAAACCCCCCGCUUCGUCACCGCGCCCAUGAAAACACUCGCCGAAUGCGCGCGCAUCCGCCAAACUCAACGCACGCUAGGUGUCUCGACGGCUAACAUCGCGCCUCCCCCAACGGCCCCCUCUGGCCUGAAAAAGAGCAACUUGCUAGGCGAACCCUACAACGGCUUCCUCCUCUCCAACCCGCGCUUCGGCUUGACUAUCGAGGAACUCCGCGCUACGAUCCGCCCGGAACUCGAGCAGCACAGGAUGCACUUCGAUAUCGCCUUCUUGCCUAGCGAGGAGGUCGCGCUCACGCCCUCGCACACGGCUUCGAACCAGUUUGCGAACUCGGAACGCGACGUCGAAGCCAGCCUCACGGCGCUGAAACCCGCGUUGCUGAAGGUGGUGAAAGCGCACGGAUUGGGGAGCUUGCAGCUCGUGCGUCUGGAUUCUAGUCUGAAUGUGCAUAGGCGAGAGGCGGAUGCGGGGCCGGGCGCAGGGUGGAGCCAGGUCGCUGCGAGGGGCGGGAGGGCGGGGGCUGGAGGCGCUGCUAGGCUGUAUAAGGCGGCGGGGGGCUUUGGAGGAGGUGGGAGUGGGCGGUUUACGGUGCUUGCGCGGCGGGGCGGGGUGGGUGGGAAGAAGGAGGUCGAGGUGGUGGAGGAUUGGGAGAGGGAGGAGGAGGUGUGGGAGGCGAAGGAAGGGGGGGAUGCUGGGGUUAAUGAGGCGGCGGGUGGGGAGGGAGGUAAGCUGGGUGAGCGGAAGGAUGGGGGUGCGGCUGUUGCUGAGGAGAGUGGAGUUCCCGUUGACGGUGUUGGCGGUGGUGAGGGGAGUGAUGGGGGUGGGAAGAAGGAUCCUGAGCCCUCGACACCGGGGUUGGGACGGUGGGCGGAGCUCGAUGAUGAGGAGUGGGUGUUUCAGGGCUGAUUCCCUCCUGACCAUCUCAUCGGCCAUCGACGAUACCAAAGCCGUAGCUAGUGGGAAUAUCACGAAAAUGAGUGAUCCAGACAAUCCCAUGCCGAUAUCGCUAACCUGAAUGCCCUGCUAACCGAAUCUUUUGAUACCUGU